AUGUUAACUCAGCGCAUUUCGUCCCCAUUUCUCAGAUUGCCUAGACUAUACCACAUUGCACUUUCACUGAUUCAAGGAAGCUCAAGAGCGUUCAGCACGAUGGCCUCCGCUACGAAUCUUUCGACCUAUAAACUCAACCAUACCAUGAUCCGGGUCAAAGACCCUAAGCGAUCAUUGGAAUACUACAAAUUCCUUGGUAUGAGCCAGAUCCAGCAGUUCGACUUUCCCGAAGCCAAGUUCUCGCUCUACUUCCUCGCCUACGACGGUCCCAAUUCUCUCUCCGGAAAGAAUCCCUUCUCCGACCGCAACGCCGUGCUCGAACUCACUCACAACUGGGGCACCGAGAACGAUCCCGAAUACAGCAUUGUGAACGGCAACACCGAGCCGCACCGUGGGUUUGGACAUAUCGCCAUCUCCGUUGACAACAUCGAAGCCGCCUGCAAGCGUAUUGAAGAUGCAGGAUACCCAUUCCAAAAGAAAUUGCAAGAUGGACGUAUGAAGCAUAUCGCUUUCGCAAAGGAUCCCGAUGGAUACUGGGUGGAGCUUAUUCGACGACAUGAUGAGGAUGUUGGAGCUACUACGGAUGUUUCCAACUAUCGCUUCAACCACACCAUGCUCCGAGUUAAGUCUGCCGAAGCAAGUCUCAAGUUUUACCAAGAGGUGAUGGGCUACCCUUCAUCGAACCCACCCAAGGCUGAGGGGGUCAAGAACCCUGUUGCCGAAUGGGAAGGCCUGUUGGAACUCACUUGGAAUUACGGCACCGAGAAAGAAGAAGGCCCUGUUUACCACAAUGGAAACGAUCAACCCCAGGGAUUCGGACAUAUUUGCGUAUCUGUGGAUAACUUGGACGCUGCUUGCGAGCGUUUUGAAUCCUUGAAUGUGAACUGGAAGAAGCGUCUUACCGAUGGAAGAAUGAAGAAUGUUGCCUUCGUUCUCGACCCUGACAACUACUGGGUUGAGAUCAUCCAGAAUGAGAAGUAUAGUGACGCUCAUAAGAUCUAA